CUAUUUAACCACGAAUCAAUUCCGUUCCAUUGCCGAUGAAGACGUUCAACUUGAUCGUACGCACAUCAAAUAGAGACAUCAUAAUGAACCACUUCAAAGUAUUCACUGCGCUAGCGGCUUUCUGUGCGUGCGGCGCACUUGCCACGCCGGCCGGUCACCACACGGUCAUACCAAUCCUGAAACAGGUGAACCGGCAGAACGAAGAUGGUUCGUAUAGCUAUGGUUACGAAAACGCGGACGGCACGUACAAGAUCGAGACCAAAUAUCCGUCAGGUGAAGUGUAUGGCAAGUACGGUUACGUGGACGAGACGGGCAAACUUCGGACCGUCGAGUAUGGCGCGUCCGCUCGCGGCUUUGAGCCAGUCGGCACCGACAUCACCGUACCGCCACCCGUUUUAGGCGUCGACUCCAAUGACCUGCACAAGGACCCAUCUUCGUCGCAGGACGAUUACGACGACGGACAGUACCGUGAGGACCCGAGCGUGUACUACAAAACGUCGUCGGACAAUCAACAGCUCAGUCACCACCAGCAACAGCAACAACACCACCAGCAGCAACUGCAACACCACCAACAGCAACAGCAGCAGCAACUGCGAUCCCUGCAGCAAGCCGCACCCGUAGCACCCAGGCAACAACAGCAGUGGUUCUCUGGCAGUGCACAGCAGAAAGUCAGGCCUGACUUCAAUCAGUUCCAGACUCAUCCGUCCGUGCACAACUUUGAUCCCGCAUCCGGAUCGUUCUCCAUCUCGUACACGGGAAAGUGAUCGUGGACGAGUGGUCAAAGGCGAUCGUCGCGAUAACAUCGAAUAAAGUGUAAUAUUGUACUUAUCAUUAUUAGUUUUGUGUACGGUUUUUUUUUCACUAUUUUUAUAUUAUAUUCUAAG